AGUGCGCGCCGUGUCAGCCGUGGGGAACUGGAGGCCGGCGCAGGCUUCCCCGCUGGCUCCAGGGUACCUGGUGCUGGCGGCGGGCUCCCGUCACCGCGCGAUCCGACACAGCCGUGGCUCGCGGCCCGCGGCAAGAGCCGGUGACGGAGCGCGGGGCCGAGCGGGAAGCGGCCGGUUCCGAGGUGUGUGAGGACGAGGACACCUGUUUCAUUAUGUGUGCGUCAGUCAAGUCCAACAUCCGGGGUCCCGCCCUCAUCCCAAGGAUGAAGACCAAGCACCGAAUCUACUACGUCACCCUGUUCUCCAUCGUCCUCCUGGGCCUCAUAGCCACGGGCAUGUUUCAGUUCUGGCCUCACUCCAUUGAGUCCUCCAGUGAUGGGGGUGUGGAGAAACGCAGCAUCAGGGAGGUGCCCGUGGUCAGGCUGCCCACUGACAGCCCCAUCCCAGAGCGGGGGGAUCUCAGCUGUAGAAUGCAUACGUGUUUCGAUGUCUACCGCUGCGGCUUCAACCCAAAGAACAAAAUCAAGGUGUACAUCUACCCCCUAAAAAAGUAUGUGGAUGAUGCCGGUGUUCCGGUGAGCAGCGCCAUCUCCCGGGAGUACAAUGAACUGCUGACGGCCAUCUCAGACAGCGACUACUACACAGACGACAUCAACCGGGCCUGUCUGUUCGUCCCCUCCAUUGACGUACUAAACCAGAACCCCCUUCGAAUAAAGGAGACGGCGCAGGCCCUGGCCCAGCUUUCCAGGUGGGAUCGAGGAACAAAUCACCUGCUGUUCAAUAUGUUGCCUGGAGCUCCCCCAGAUUACAACACUGCCCUGGAUGUCCCCAGAGACAGGGCACUGCUGGCUGGUGGCGGCUUUUCUACCUGGACUUACCGGCAGGGCUACGAUGUCAGCAUUCCUGUUUUCAGCCCACUGUCAGCUGAGAUGGCUCUCCCAGAGAAAGCACCAGGUCCCCGGCGCUACUUCCUACUGUCCUCUCAGAUGGCCAUCCACCCUGAGUACAGAGAGGAACUAGAAGCCCUCCAGGCCAAACACCAAGAGUCAGUGUUAGUCUUGGACAAAUGCACCAAUCUCUCGGAGGGCGUCCUGUCCGUGCGAAAGCGCUGCCACCAGCACCAGGUCUUCGAUUACCCCCAAGUGCUGCAGGAGGCUACUUUUUGUACGGUCCUUCGAGGAGCUCGGCUGGGCCAGGCGGUGCUGAGCGAUGUCCUACAGGCUGGCUGUGUCCCAGUUGUCAUUGCAGACUCUUAUAUUCUGCCUUUCUCUGAAGUUCUGGACUGGAAGAGGGCAUCUGUGGUCGUUCCAGAGGAAAAGAUGUCAGAUGUGUACAGCAUCCUGCAGAACAUCCCACAGAGGCAGAUUGAAGAGAUGCAGAGACAGGCACGGUGGUUCUGGGAGGCAUACUUCCAGUCCAUUAAAGCCAUUGCCCUGGCCACCCUACAGAUCAUCAAUGACAGGAUCUAUCCAUAUGCAGCCAUCUCCUAUGAAGAGUGGAAUGACCCUCCUGCUGUGAAGUGGGCUAGUGUGAGCAACCCGCUCUUCCUGCCGCUGAUCCCACCUCAGUCCCAAGGCUUCACUGCCAUCGUCCUCACCUACGACCGCGUGGAGAGCCUCUUCCGGGUCAUCACCGAGGUGUCCAAGGUGCCCAGUCUGUCCAAGCUGCUGGUGGUCUGGAAUAAUCAGAAUAAAAACCCUCCGGAAGAAUCUCUGUGGCCCAAAAUCCGAGUUCCCCUGAAGGUUGUGAGGACUGCAGAAAACAAGCUAAGUAAUCGUUUCUUCCCUUACGACGAAAUCGAGACAGAGGCCGUGCUGGCCAUCGAUGACGACAUCAUCAUGCUGACCUCUGACGAGCUGCAGUUUGGUUAUGAGCAGACAGAAUGGCCCAAUGGUACCCAUGAGGGACCUCACUUCCCCAGGCAGACAUGGGAUGACAGUGGUCAGACGCAGGAUCAGACCUGUUCACCCUGUCCAGCUUGCAUUGAUUUACACCUGCAUGAGACAGGAGGGAAAGUCACUCACUCGCUUGUGCUGCCAGGGUCUGUGGGCACUGCUGAAAGAACAUCCAGAGACAAACCAGAAGCCGAGGAGGUGCUGAGAGACACUGUGGUGUGGCCUGACCUCGCCAAGCCCUUCUGAAUCACCCAGGCCCCACUGGAGAAAAAGUCAAACAAAAAUAUAAAAUAUUAAGGGAAGGAAAUGGAAAAUAUAUGCUGAACAGUGAAAAAGCACCCAGGUGGGAGUUAUAGUGAAGUGGCACUGUCUUCCCACUGAUCAGAUGAAAGCAAGUUCAGAAUGUGUUUACAUAAAUACAUAAAUGAAGCAUCAUUGGAGGGCUCUCCCUGUCCCAGGGAGGAAGGCCCAUGCUUGUACUGCAGGUCUCCCUGUCCAAGGUGUCUCCUCCCCACACACUCACAAGGAAGGCAGGUUAGUGAAUGCUGGAUGGGGCUGGGGCUAGGCAGCCCCGGGCCUCAACAGCUCAUGCUCACAGUGUAGAAAGGCCAGUUUUAGGUAUUGCCUGUGAGAUGCUUGAACAAAUAUCCCUACCACCACCACCACCCCAGUGAGAGGGAGCUAGUUGCAGUGAUACACAACUCUGAGCAGAUUCUGUGUCUGAGGGCUAUUGUCUUAAAUCUGCCUGUUGUCUCAUUGAGAUUGAUCGCAGGGAACUCUGGCACUUCUGGAAUUCAGAGUUUCAGACUCUGGCUGUGGUUUCCAGGUGGGAGGGACUUCUCUUCCAGGACUGCUUGUCUGCCUUGAUAGAGAUGCUAAGCCCAGAUGCUAGGGCAGGAUGUGGAGUAGAGACAGGGGAGCUUUGUAAAAGCCACAACACUAGGCCCUGAGCUGCCCAGCUCCCUGUGAGGGCAGUGUCUGGAGCUCCCAGGAAAACUACAUGGGGCUUCCCAAACAUGACCAUGGCUUUUGUUGUCAGAGCACACAACUCUAGCCUGACAAGUUCUGAAUCUAAGACAGACUUGUGAUCCCAGAUACCGUAUGAAAGGAAGGCGAAAAUGCUGAAAGGCUCAGGGUGACCUCUACCCUUGAAGAUGCCCGAACUGUGGGAUGAGUCUCUAGAAAGCAAGAUGAUCGCCACCCUGAUGUGCACAGCUUACUUCUCAGAUGAUAUUUAUUUCUUGCUGCCUGGAAGUUGGUGCCUAGGGUUCUCAUUAAUCAUGGCUGCUGUGGAUUUGCUACUGUCUGCUGGCUGGUUUAGAUCAAAACUUGGCAGCCUUUAAAAGUAAUCCUUCUUGGUUCCCCAGUAGCCUUUGGGUUGGGCUGAAGAUAUGAGGGUUUGGGCGGAGGUCAUAAUCACACGUUGAGUUGACACUCAACUCUUGGAAGGGAAAGAAGAGGCCACUUCUCACAACUAGAGCCACCGACCAUGUGUGCAACAGAGAUGCCGGGCUUGACGAUAAGCAAACCUCGGUGGUCAUGUGGUCCUUUCAGCAGGGAUUGUGGCGCCUCUUUCAGAGGCUCUCUGCCUAGACUCUUGGCUCAUAGUGGUUGUACAGUAAAUACUUGCAGACUGACUGGAAUUAAGGUUUGGACAUUCAAUUGACACCCUGUGAGUCGAGUUAUAAAGAACUAUUAGAGUAACAUGUUCCCAUAGCCCCUGUGCAGUGGAGUGCUGUCUUCUACCUACCAGCCAGUAAACUAAUGGCAAAAAGGAAUUUUAUGCUGUUCUUGCCUGUGAGCAAUGGGGUCUGUCCUAACUUUGUAAUUAAACUGCCCUCCUGUAGAAGGAAA